UCAAGAACAGCCCUACAAUACAAAUCAUUCAUCGUUUAUCAUCUUCCAUCUCUUCUCCUCCUUCUCUGCACAUCUUCUUCAAACCUAAGACCCUGUUUGGCAAACCCCAAAAUGUCAAUCUUUCAUAUGUCACUUCCCCUACAAACCCCUCAAAAUCUCUCAGCACCAUCAUCCAAUUUCCUCUCAGGCCAAACACUCCUUACCCUCAUCCCCAAAUUCUCCCACCUCUCUCUCACUCCCACCACAAGAACCUCCACAAAAAUCAGAAUGGGGGGUGGGCCCAGGACAUUCCCAGGUGGGGUCAACAAGUGGCAGUGGAAAAGAAUGCAAGCCAAGAAAGCCAAACAGCUGCUUAAGGCAAGAUUGGCUAGGGAGAGGCAAAUUUAUGAAAUGAGGAAGAGGGCUGAGCUGAAAGCUGCUGUUUCGGAACUCGAGAGACCCUGGGAAGUUGUGGAGAAGGCCCCGAAGUUGUUUUCAGCUAGUGCUGAUGAGCAAGUCCAGGUUUUGGCUGAUAGGUUUCAGAAGCCUGGUGGCUUUGAUUUGUGGUCUGAGAAAGAUGGGCCUGAGUUGUUUAAGACUGUUGAUGGGUUCCCCUCUGCACGAUUUUUCCCGAAAGGGGUGGUUCAUAGUAUUAGGCCUUAUGGGAGGGUUAAUGAGGAAAUUGAGGAAUUUGGGGACUUGGGGAAGGGUUUAGGGGAUGAGAAGGGGGUAAAGAUUGGAUCUUUUGAUGAGUAUGUUGAAAAGCGGAAUUUGUUGAAUGAGGGUAGGAAGGGGAAAGUGAGGAAGAAGAGAAAUGGGAAAAGGGUGGGGGAUUCGGAUUUGAGGGAUGUGAAAGAUGGAUCAUAUAAGAUUUCGGACGAUAAUGGUAUGAAGUUGAGGGAUAUGAGUAAUGGGAUGCAUUCAAGAAAAAAUGGGUAUGAUAGGGGUGAUAGUGGGAGAACACGGGUAGUGAAGAAAGAUGGGUCAUUUGGUAAGGGAAUGCAUAAACGGGAAGUGAAAGUUGCUAAUUCGGAGGUUUAUGAUAUGGAUUUGCAACGAGAUGGUAGUUACUGGUUUAAAGAACAAAAUGAAUGAGUUUGAAUUAAGGAUUUCAUUUGGAUUUCUCGCCAGAGGAUUGGUAUAUAGUGCUGGUUGAGCUAGGAGAGAUUGAUAUGUAAGUAACAUUAUUUUGAUUUAUUUCUAUCAAAUAUUUGAUGUAGAAGAGCAUUUACUUGUCAUCACACGACAGCUUAUCCAUGUUUAUUGCGUUUAUAAGUUCAAGUUGUUAGCUUGAUGACAUAACAGGACUGAACCGAUACGUGGUAUACUAAUUACACUUGAUUAUUGUUUGGA